AUGCUCACUCGAUCCACUUACACCUAUGCCACCCACGAGAUACCCCUGGAGUGCGAUGUCUACAGGGCAGACGACCACUACCCCGACACCACCGAGAGCCCGUCUUCUUGUUCUUCCACGCGGGCGGCCUCGUUGGAGGCUCCCGGGCUUGUGUCCCGCCAUGGCUGGCCCAAUUAUCGUCUGCUCCCCCAGGUUGGAGCAAAAGGCUUGCUCGAGGACGCCCUCGCCGCAUACAACUUUGCCCAGAUCUGGGGUGCGUGCAUUUCAGGGCGCAAACGACCCGUCAUCGUCGGCGGCGCCAGUGCCGGCUUCUUCAUGGCAAAUCUAAUCGCUCAUCACGUCACACCUGAACCGGUCGCCAUGCUCAGUCUCACAGGCGUCCCUACUUUUCGCCAUGAAUUCUUCAAUUCGUCCGUUCUUCUCACGCCAGCGCCUAUCAGGGAUGAGGACGUAGCAUCAUUCGUCAAUGGACCUCUGAAAGCGGGCACUACUAAUGCCUAUGACCCGUCAGCAUUCGUGGUUGAUCGGCUAUUGCCAUCCGGAGAGAGAAACCCCGGCUUUGCUCAGCCAGCACCGCCGGUGGGUAUCGGAGUCAAUCCAAAUGCUGUCACUAGGGAAAGCCUCUACGAUUAUUGGCUACACAGGAAUGAGUACCUCAAGCUUGUCGGGGACGUCGACCAGGGGUUUCAAUGGGCGAAGGAUGAUCCGAAAGGAGAAAAGCUGAAGAGUGGCCGUCGACUAUCUUCAUCCAAGAAAGCUAUGCUGUGCCUAGCUCAGGGCGAAGGACAUCUUUUCGAGGCGACGUCAUUAUUCGAGGACAGUUCACCAGGCAUGGAUGCUGUAAGGGAAGCUGUCAGACUGCUGGAUGGCCUGCUCGGGGCUUGA